AUGGUGGGAGUUUCAAUACAAUUGAAAAUGAAAACAAAGAAAGAGAGAGAACUCGAAUAUAAACGGAACCUAGAGAUAAAAACAAGACAAAUUUUUCUAGGUUUGAUUUAUGUUUUUACAGUUGUGCUCGGUUCAUUAGCACGGAUGCCCGAGUCAUAUUGGUCAAGCCGGUCCAACAUUAUUAACAAAUUAUUUGUAAAAGUUGGAUGGUUUUGGACGACUAUAGUUUUUAUAAUAUAUGCGAUAAGAGUAAUUCAUAAUAACAAACUGGAACAAAUUAAAUCUAUAGUUCGUUGGGGAUUCGCAACGCUGUAUUGGUAUAUAUUUACACAAUGGUUUUUUGGACCAAGUGUAAUGGAUAGAGUUUUUGUUAUUACCGGAGGCGUAUGUUCCAAUAAAACAUCAGAAACAUUUGAAGCUCAUGUUUGUAGAAGGGGUGGGGGAGAUUGGAAUAAUGGCCAUGAUGUUAGUGGUCAUUGUUUUUUGUUGAUUCAUGCUUCUCUUUUUAUGUUGGAAGAAGCCAGCGUUCUUUUUCAUCGAUCAAAUAAUUGGAGUGAAACAAUGAAGAAUAAAAUUCUUAAUUGGUUUUUCGUAGGACUACUUCUCCUUUGGUGGUGGAUGUUACUUAUGACCGCAGUUUAUUUUCAUACUUUAUGGGAGAAAUUUACCGGUACUUUGUUAGGAAUUUUGUAUUGGGGACUAAUGUACGGUUUUAUUUUUCCAAAAUAUAUGCCAUGUAUGAUGCCAUAUGAUUCUGAUGAAUUGGAGAAAAACUAA